GCGACCUCCGCCAAAACCGAAAGCUCCCUUCUCAGUGGCACUUGGACAGCAUCCGGAAACGUAUCGUCGAGCCUGGAUCAAGGGGUCGUGUCGCGCGUGUCGUUUUCCGUCGCCCUUGAAUCCUAAUCACCGAUCAGGAACCGUUGUUUCAACCCUCAAACUCGACGUUCGACGCGAACUCGUCCCCGUUAAAACGAUCCCUGUCCCUUCGAUCGGCGGAAUUCCUGUCGGAGAACGUUCCUCGAACCGUUAGUCGACGCAGAUGGCGCACUUCUGAGACUCGGUUCGAUUGUCAAGAAUUCCAGCGGGAGGACAGCGGGACGAACUGAUUCCGAUCGAAUUGGAUUCUUGUGCACCGUGUGACAGUUUGUGGAAAACGAGCGCGAUGAUGCUGGGGGGCUACGAGUCGCAGCCGGAUUACUAUCCACAGUGGCAUCAACCCUACAACUAUGUCACGCAGCUACCUUACGGUCCGUUGAACGUUCCCGACGCGGACAGCCAAUCGACGUACUGGGGUGCGGAUUCCGGGAUCUCCGGGGGUAGUUCCGGCGCAGGAAGUCCCACCGCCUCGACGCCACCCCUGAUCGAAGAGAUCGGUGUCCAAGAGACGAGCUACUCCCCUCUGCAGCAAUUCGCUCACCCCUCUAUGAGCCAGCACUACCCUAACCUGAUCUAUCAGCCCCAGCAAGAGGUCCCGCAUCAUCACCUGCACCACCACCCGCAUCAUCAUCCGCAGAGCCACAGAAGGGACAACGAUUACUCCGCGGUUUCGUCGAUGAGCCAGGUCGAGAGCGGGUUCCAGCAGCACCUGCGCGAAGGCGUGAGGGAGGGCGGCCUGGUGGUCAGACCGAAAAGGAGGAACACCGCGAACAAGAAGGAGAGAAGACGGACGCAGAGCAUAAACAACGCGUUCGCGGAUCUUCGGGAUUGCAUCCCGAACGUGCCGGCGGACACCAAGCUGUCGAAGAUCAAGACACUCAGGCUCGCAGCCUCCUACAUCGGUUACCUGAUGGCAGUCCUCGAGAGCGACGAGGGCGAGGAACCGCAGACCUUCCGCGCGGAGAUCCUCUCGCACGGCAGGAGGAGCAAAACGACUCAGGCGAAUCAGAACGAGUCGUGUUUGCACCCUGUCUCGAGUCUCAUGGCCGAGGAAUCGUCGAAAGGCAAAGGACGAACCGGAUGGCCGCAGCACAUGUGGGCCCUCGAAUUGAAGCACGAGUCGCAGGCUAGCCAAAUACAAUAAAAUCACCGAUCUCUAUCUAUUUCCGACGAAACUGCGGCCUCGCGGACCAGAGAUGCCGAACGGAAGUCUGGUCCGCGGGAUUGAACAGUUUGUCGAGUCGGUUUAUCGAAUCGCGAGCAACGAAGGACGUCGGUGACGUUCGUACCGGAGAACUGGGACGUUCAAGAUAUUUAAUUUAUUCGAAUGGCCGUGUAUCGGAGCAACGCGCGAAAGUCGAAUAGGAUUAACCCUUCGCACCCGAUUUUUCACUGGAAAUAUUCAUCUCCGGCGAGACACGUACAUUUACUGGAACUGACUUCACGUGAGAUCAUACGUAAAUGAAGGGAUAUUAUUUUUUUAUCUGAUUUCAAUGUUACAUUGACGUUUUGUCAUUAUUUUACUUCAAUAUUGCUUUGGUAUUUUAUUUGAUCUCAAUAUUACGUUGAUAUUUUAUUUAAUUUCAAUAUUACGUUGCUAUUUUAUUUAAUUUCAA